AUGCAGCCCGACAAAGAGAGCUUGGCUGAGUUUCUCAGCUUCGCUCCAGGUGCUGACGACAAAACGGCCUCCAUGUUUCUUCAAAACACAAAUACCAUCAAUGAGGCUGUAGACCAGUACUAUGAGAAUCCAGAGAAAUACUCCCACAGCGAAAAGAACCACUCCGAAAAGUCGGAGAAGCAAGCACCCGUGCAAACGCCUAUGCCUUCAAGAACAAGAAACGCAAGUCGUUUUCACACUAAUCCAGUGAUUAGAGCAGGGGAGGUCCGCGCUCAGGACGAGCAAGAGAUGCAGAGCCUGCUACAGGCCGUCCAAAUGAGAUACCGCAUCUACAACCCGGAGAUUGAGCCCGAGCACGAAACCGACUACUUCUGUAACUGCCCCAUCCACCAAUAUAAACGAAGAAAAUGGCAGCGUCUGUCCGUCCAGCAGAUGUGGUCCAGGGCCGUCAUGUACCCGGGCGAAACUGCCUAUCACGACUGCUACCAGCAAACCUUCUUUAGCAGCAACCCUUACACCUAUAAUAUCGUUUCCCCCUACGGAUAUAGGAUGGGUAAUUCCUUUUGGACGAUUCAGCAACCUCAACCAGGCUAUCAUGCCAGAAUGGUGCACCAGACCAUCGCAAUGAAUGCGUCGCUCAACGCAGAAGCGCAAGCCGCGGUCAACGCUCAGGAACCAAGAAGCAAUAUCUGGGCGACGGACGAGCUGGAGGCUCAAAUAGCCCAAAUGGCCAUCGCCGGUCCUCCCGUCAAUGGGAAGAAAAAAUCCUCCAGGUUUUCUUCCGGCUUGAAACAAGCUUUGUCGAUCAAAUCGCCAGAAGAAAAGGCACUGAUCAAAACAAAGAAACAGAUGGACUACGCCAUCGGUUUGCAGGGCCAAAUUCUCGACGAGGAACAGUCCAGAUGGCCGGAUAAACUGGAUCGACAGAUCGUGCUCACCUACCAGGACAAGAUUGGCAUGACUGCAAAGAUUGCGGACCUGCGCAAUCGCUUCCCGAUCCAGUAUCUCCACCUCCUGCGAGCGGGCUAUUUCGAACCUAUUCCCGUUGCGUGGGCCGAUCUGGCCUCCAAUCCGUUGAAGUUCAGUAUCGAAGCGGCGUCGGGGUGGAGAGGGAUCACGCCUGCGUGGAGAGGGUUUGAAGAUACCGCCGAGGAACGGCUUUACUGGGUCAUGAAUCACCGGGAUGGCGCUGGCGGGCCACGAUUGAAACCGGACAUGAUCUCCGCGCUGAACAUGGCUCGUGCCAGAAUGGCCUCUGCCGUUGAACCACCGCCAGGAUAUUACUCGGCCGACGAUACUUGCCAUGUUCAACAUACCUCGGCCGGGUACUCAAAGCAGGUCAUGCCUCCACCGUUUCGAGCGUUUGAUGCUCCCGAGGCUCCUACUGAUGACACCAUGAUCCUACUGGAUGUCUCUGGCUCUAUGGCCUUUGACCCCGUUCGGCCAAACUAUGACCAGUAUUUCAUCACGGGCUAUUCUCGGUCGACCCAGCCAAAGAACAAAGACGUCGCAAAGGCCAUCGUCCGUCGAUUCAGCGACGCCAUGGCCAACCACGACCAGAACUUCAGGGGCUACCAGCUUACCACAUUCUCAACACACGCACAUCACGUCGGCACAAUCAACCACUACAACCUGGAUCAAAUGUGGCGCAACAUCCAAUUCGGCGGCGGCACCCGCGUGAUGACCGGGUGGCAGAAGAUCAAGGAGCUUCAUUUCCAAAAACACUCCGAGUCCGCGACAUACCACCCCGUUUUCGGGUGGCAAGCUGGUCCGCAAACACCGAUCCUGCGGCUCCUGCUCUUGCUAGACGGCGAAGCCACGGACAUGGAUGAGUUCGAGCUCGAUCUGUUGAGUCUUAGCUGGGUGCACGUUACGAUUUUCUUGAUCGGUGUUGAUGGAUGCCCGCACCACCAUCGACAUGCUAAUGAGCUGCAGCGCAUUAGCGAUGUCAAUCCGCAUGUCUCGUUUGUGGAUGCUCAGGGUAAUACCCCUGAGCGAUUCAUCACUCAUGAGCUGCUCAAGCGGCAUCUCGGGUAUGAGCUGUCCAUGACGGAAUUUGAAGAGUUGGAGACGCCGCCUCCGUAUUCUGAGACGGCGUAA